ACAAAGCGAUAAUCUUAUUUUCCGCAUUCCCUCCAAAGCGAAUCGUUUAGCUCCUUUAUCGGAUCACAGAGAGAGAGAGAGAGAGAGAGAGAGAGCAAUGGAGGCACAAGCGAAGGGUGUCGCAGGAAGAAGGGGCGAGAGAAAGAAGGCCGUUUCCAAAUCCUCGAAAGCUGGUCUUCAAUUCCCGGUCGGUCGCGUCGCCAGGUUGUUAAGGAAGGGUCGUUAUUCUCAGCGUUUGGGCACCGGUGCUCCCAUCUACCUCGCCGCCGUUCUCGAGUAUCUUGCUGCCGAGGUGCUGGAAUUGGCUGGGAAUGCUGCACGAGAUAACAAGAAGAACAGGAUAAACCCAAGGCAUGUGUGUCUUGCUGUGAGGAAUGACGAUGAGUUAGGGAAAUUGCUACAAGGUGUGACCAUUGCCAACGGUGGUGUGUUGCCCAAUAUCAACCCCGUUUUGUUGCCCAAGAACACUGCCACUGCCGACAAGAAAAACCUCCCUUCUAAGAAAAUUGAUUAGAAUUAGUAUAAUAAUCUUUUGUUUUUCUUUUUGUUAAACUUAUAUGUAUAUACAUGUCAGAAAC